GGAUUGGAAGCUUUUAGAAUGACAUCACCUCCAUUUUCCUUUCCAGACCAGACCAUGUGGCUAAACCCCUUCCAUGGGACUCCCUUCUAAGUCCUUUCGUCUUCCUCCUCUUCCACGCCUCCCUUGUCUCUUCUCUUUCCUUCUGGCCAUCUCUCUCUUCUCCCUCACUGCAUUCGUCUUUUAUAAGUGGGUGGAUGAUGUCGUCUCGCAGACUAAAACAGUAGUGGGGCACAAUUUGAAACCAACGCCAUGGCACAUAUUUCCGCUCAAGACGUUCGACGAAGAAACUCGGCAAGCUCGAGCGUACAAAAUCUUGCAAUGCUCUUUCCUUACUUGCGGUUACAGGUCCGAUACCAGUUACCGACGACAUCGUCUGGCAAAGGCGGCCCCUGAAACCACCGAGAAGUGCCCGGAAUUCUUCGGGGCGAUCCACCGAGAUCUUCAACCUUGGGCUGAAACGAGGAUUUCGAAGGCUCAUUUGGAGGCAGCUCAGAAGUACGCGGCUUUCAGGGUCGUUAUUGUUGGGGGAAAGCUUUAUGUUGAUUUGUACUAUGCUUGCGUGCAGAGCAGAGCCAUGUUCACUAUCUGGGGUUUCUUUCAGCUUCUUAGGAGGUACCCUGGGAUUGUGCCUGAUGUUGAUAUGAUGUUUGAUUGUAUGGACAAACCAACAAUUAGUCGGACACAACACCAAUCGAUGCCUUUGCCUCUGUUUCGGUACUGUACCAGCAAGAACCACUUUGACAUCCCAUUUCCUGACUGGUCUUUCUGGGGCUGGCCAGAGAUAAAUAUUAGGCCAUGGCAGGAGGAAUUCCCGGACAUCAAAGAAGGUUCACAAUCUUUAAGUUGGAGAAAGAAAGUGCCACGGGCUUACUGGAAAGGAAACCCAGAUGUUUCAUCACCUAUUCGAACUAAAUUGCUCAAAUGUAAUCAUUCUAGGAUGUGGAGAGCACAAGUUUUCCGUCAGGAUUGGGGUGAAGCUGCUAGAAGUGGUUUUCAGCAGUCAAAACUUUCAAAGCAGUGUAAUCACCGGUACAAGAUCUAUGCUGAAGGUUACGCAUGGUCUGUGAGUCUGAAAUAUAUUCUCUCGUGUGAUUCGGUUGCACUAAUAAUAUCACCUCGAUAUGAAGACUUCUUCAGUCGAGGGCUUAUUCCACGGGAGAACUUCUUGCUUAUUGAUCCUCUACAUCUAUGUCCAGCUAUAAAGGAUGCAGUUGACUGGGGCAAUGAACAUGAGAAUGAGGCAGAGGCUAUAGGAAGAAGAGGGCAGGAGUUAAUGGAAAGCUUAAGCAUGGAUCGGGUUUAUGAUUACAUGUUUCACCUUAUUUCUGAGUACUCAAAGCUCCAAGACUUCAGGCCAACCCUACCAUCGACCGCCAUGGAAGCUUGUGCAGAAUCGCUGCUAUGCUUCGCUGAUGAAAAGCAGAGGAACUAUCUCAACAGAUCAAUGGCCUUCCCUUCACAGACUCAUCCCUGCACCCUGCCCUAGUGUACAGAAUGAUUAAAGACGACUAAGUCAGAAGGGGACCCGAAGUUGUGGACCACUCAAGAAUGGACAAAUAAACAGAGGGCAGACACAUUUAAUGGCGCUGCAUUUAUUGGUGGUAUACGAGGUACAGUGAAAAUAAGUCAUCUACCGCUUCCUACUGUAAAUUUUAAUUCUCCUGUCUGGUCAUUUGGACGAUUUGGUUUGUUCGUUUGGCAUCAAAAUUUCUUUUUCCUUCCCCGCCAUGGAAGCUUGUGCAGAAUCGCUGCUAUGCUUCGCUGAUGAAAAGCAGAGGAACUAUCUCAACAGAUCAAUGGCCUUCCCUUCACAGACUCAUCCCUGCACCCUGCCCUAGUGUACAGAAUGAUUAAAGACGACUAAGUCAGAAGGGGACCCGAAGUUGUGGACCACUCAAGAAUGGACAAAAAACAGAGGGCAGACACAUUUAAUGGCGCUGCAUUUAUUGGUGGUAUACGAGGUACAGUGAAAAUAAGUCAUCUACCGCUUCCUACUGUAAAUUUUAAUUCUCCUGUCUGGUCAUUUGGACGAUUUGGUUUGUUCGUUUGGCAUCAAAAUUUCUUUUUCCUUCCCCGCAUAACAACAAUAAAAGUUCAGCCUUUAGAGCAUCUGAGUGAUAUUGUCAUUUCUCAUGGACACACUGAGGCACGUAAUCGCAGUAGAAUAGAUUCUUACCGUUGUUCUUUUCUCUUUGCGCACGUUGUUUGUCUCACUUGUUGUUGUCUGCUUA